UGCCCGUUAUUCCAUCAAUCAAUUUUUCACAGCAACCCUUUGAACAUCGUGGACUUGGGUGUGGGUGUGAUGGGCUGUAGAGGGUUUCACUCGAGCUUUCAAGCCGCACAGAGUGGACUUUCUCUAAAUACUGAUAUUUUCAUAACAAAUACUGUGAAGCCUGAUUUUCCACUUGCCAACCAGAUGGUUGGUAACCUGAACAAAACUCAUUGGGCUAAGGCCGAGAAUGAAGUGAAUAAUUCAAGGAUAAAAACAAGCCCAGCAAAUGCAGAAUACAAGAUGGUCUGUUUGAGUGAAAGGAACUGUUCUGAACAAAUGUUUUCCCUGAAGCAAUUAGAAAUACCAGUUUAUGCUUACUUUGUGAAGAACCGUGGCAUGGAGCUGAGAUACUCUGGUGAUUUCCCUUGUAUUAAUGUGGGGAAACCAAAGCGGCCAGCAUAUCUUCCUAUUGAGCUCUGCUCGCUUGCGCCUUUGUAAUCUUUGACUACCUUAGAAAGAUCACCAUUUGUCGAGAAGUCCAGGCAGAUACUUCUAAAAAGGAUGUCAGUUUUGUCUGAUGUAAUGAGAUGCAGCAGCUACGGUACAGAAUCUAUGCUGAGCGCAUGUAGAAUUCCAAUAUUCCAAGGCUUUACGCAAGUGGCUGGUAGGAUACUGCAGCCCCCCAAGGUCUACAGUUGGAUCAAUCAAAAUCAUUCAUUGAAGGAGGGUAUCAUAUUGAUAAUGACCUGGUGUUUCUACCACAAGAAUAUCCUAGGAGCUCACCAUGGUCUCAUUUCUACUUAUGCAUUGGCAACCCUGGUUCUGUAUAUUUUUGAUGUGGUCAACAGUUGUU